AUGGGUUGCAUCAAUUCAAAGAACGUUGCAAGGUCUUGUAAAUCCCCAAUUCGCGAUCAUUCAUUGCUCAUUCACGAUGAUGAUCGUUCUUCGGCUUCUUCGUCUUCCACAAACUCGUCUGAUUCGUUAACGUUGCAGAAGUCUAAUAAUAAUCAUUAUAAUUAUAAUCAUGGGUUUGAGCCAUUGGAGAAGAUCAAAGAGGAAACAGAAGAUGAUAAAACCAGUGUCGGAUCUGUUAGUGUUCGCGACAAUAUUCAGAAAAAUGGUGAUGAAUCUUUGAAUACACGUUCGUGUAGUAAGUUUUCAAAAAAAUUUGGGUUGAACAGCAUUAGGUUUGGAAGACCAGCGGCUGGUGAACAGGUUGCCGCCGGUUGGCCUGCUUGGCUUAGUGCUGUUGCCGGUGAAGCCAUUGAAGGUUGGGUGCCAUUGAAAUCCGAGAACUUUGAGAAGUUAGAUAAGAUCGGACAAGGUACAUACAGCAAUGUCUAUCGUGCUCGUGAUCUUCGAAGUGGUAAAAUAAUGGCACUGAAGAAGGUCAAAUUUGACAAUUUUCAACCCGAGAGUGUCAAGUUCAUGGCUCGAGAGAUCAAAAUUCUUCGAAAGCUUGAUCAUCCCAACGUCAUGAAAUUGGAAGGCAUAAUCACAUCUCGAUUAUCAUGUAGCAUAUAUCUCGUUUUCGAAUAUAUGGAACACGAUCUCACCGGACUCUUAUCAUCUCCCGACGUCAAGUUUACCGCAUCCCAGAUUAAAUGUUAUAUGAUGCAGUUAUUGAAAGGAAUUGAACAUUGCCAUUCACGAGGGAUUAUACAUCGUGACAUCAAAUCGUCCAAUAUUUUGGUCAAUAAUGAAGGUGUUUUGAAGAUUGCAGAUUUUGGUCUUGCGAAUUUCUAUGAUUCUAUGAGUAGGCAGCCAUUGACAAGCCGUGUGGUGACCUUGUGGUAUCGUCCUCCCGAACUUCUCUUAGGGUCAGCAAACUACGGGCCGUUUAUUGAUAUGUGGAGCAUUGGUUGUGUUUUUGGCGAACUUUUUGUUGGUAGACCAAUCCUCAAGGGGAGAACCGAGGUUGAACAAUUGCAUAAGAUAUUUAAGAUGUGUGGCACUCCUCCCGAUGAGUAUUGGACAAAAACCCGUCAUCCUCUUGCAGCAAUGUUUAAACCUCAAUUCACUUAUGAAAGCAGUCUACGCGAAAGGUGUAAAGAACUCCCAAGAACCGUAGUCGACCUUAUCGAUCAACUUCUUUGUGUAGAACCCGAGAAACGUGCCACUGCCAACUCCGCCCUCCAAGCCGAGUAUUUCUAUACCAAACCUUACGCGUCUGAUCCUGCAAGCAUGCCUAAGUACCCGCCUAACAAAGAAAUGGAUGCAAAAUCCCGUGAGACAACACGAAGAAGAAAGUUGGCUGGGAGGGUUAGAUCUUCCGGGGGGUCAAGAAACCAUAGAAAAGUCCACGCAGGCGUUCCCGAGGGUCCAUAUCACAUGAGAUCACGAGAAUCCGUUCGUCCAAACGCAUCAUACAACACCUUGUCGGAAGCAUCACAGAUGACCGAAACUUUACAAGACGAUAGUAUUUGCACACAAUCGGCUCAAUCUACCGCAUCGGAUGGUAGCUUUAUGUAUGCAACAAAAAGGAGAAAUCUUGAAAAAAGGCAUUCUAUGCAAAGAAUAGAUUCUUUAUACUCUAGUGAAGUAUACAAGCCCGAGGAGUUAUUAUCAUCCGAACGUAAAGAACAAGAAAGGUUUAGACACAUGGGACCAAUGCUAAUUCAAUCGCGUAAGCAAAACGAAUAUUACAGUCGUGAUGGUGUUCGUAGAUCGCGGUUUUCUAAAGAUUCAGACUUUUAUUAA